AAAGCUAUAUUUGCUUUCUACAGAACCGUGGCACUGUGACACAUUUCAAAACAAACACACACAGUCACAGAAGACUGAGAAGGUCAUGUGCUUGUGUAUAAAUUGUAAAAAUAAAUAGGAGUCUGGAGCAUAGCGUUUAUAGAUCUACAAAUACAAAUCUUUCUGCAUCAGCUUGUUUGGACUAUUCUAGGUGAGUAAAAAAAAAUGUCAAAAGCCCAACUGAAAGUUAACAUUGAAGAGCCUCGUUAUGAUCAGUCGACUUACUCUGGACGAGCCAAACAUUUUUUCAUCACAACAAACCCUCUGAAUUUAUUUGUUUCUGGGCAAGCUCUUGAUGAUGCAAAAGAUAUAGUUGAGCGCUACAGGAAAGGUGAACUUGUACCUGGUCUGACUGAAGAUAAAUUAUGGCAGGCCAAGCAUCUUUACGACUCAGCAUUUCACCCAGACACCAAAGAAAAGAUGAUACUCAUUGGGAGAAUGUCAGCACAAGUCCCUAUGAAUAUGACCAUUACUGGUUGCAUGAUGACCUUUUAUAAGUCUACACCAGCUGUCAUUUUCUGGCAGUGGUUUAACCAAACAUUUAAUGCAGUUGUGAAUUAUACAAAUCGUAGCGGGGACUCUCCAAUCUCUCCACAGCGAUUGGGCGUGUCCUAUGUAAUGGCCACGGGUGGCGCUAUCACCACGGCGAUGACACUCAACAACAUGGUCCAAAAAUUCCCUCCAAUAAUUGGUCGUUUCGUGCCAUUUGCUGCAGUGGCAGCUGCUAACUGCAUUAAUAUACCUUGCAUGAGGAGCAGGGAAAUUACUCAUGGGAUACCUAUUAUGGAUGAAAAUGGCAACAGGCUUGGUGAAUCAACCCGUGCUGCAACCAGUGCCAUAACUCAAGUAGUUAUAUCAAGAGUCUUCAUGGCCAUGCCUGGAAUGUUAAUACCUCCAUUUAUCAUGAACAGCCUUGAAAAGAAAUCAUUCAUGCAGAGAAUGCCCUGGUUGAAUGCCCCCAUUCAAGUGACAAUUAUUGGUGCAAUGCUUGUGUUUGCCACCCCCCUGUGCUGUGCUUUGUUUCCACAGAAAAGCUCAAUAGCAGUUGCCAACUUGGAACCUGAAGUUAGAAAGAAAAUUGAAGCCUUGCCCAACCCUCCUUCUGUAGUUUAUUUCAACAAGGGACUUUAAGUAGUCAGACAUUUAGAUGACAGAUUAAUUAGUUAGAUUGAUAGUUUAAAAGAGACACUUUACAACCCAGUGUCCAGUAGGACAGAUCGAAAUGUUUGUGUUGGAUAUUUUGUUUUAGAGCGACGCUUUUAUCAACUAGUGUCCAGUAGGACUAGAUAGAAAAAAUUUGUGUUAAUUACAUUCCUACGACCUUUUUUGUUGUCGAGAGGAGCUUGUUGUCAUCCCACCUCAUGAUGUUUUGAGUCGGCAGAGUUUUCAUUAAGAAAACUCUGCAAGUCUAACAGCAUUAUAUAUGUCUGUGAAGGAUUGUUUCUUGUCAUGUUUGAGUUGUUGAUUUUAAGACUUUGUAUUUGUCAUACAUUUAGUUUGUUUUAUAUGUAAAAAAAUAUGUCAAAUACAAUUUACAUCUCUAUGUAUUAAAAAUGUUAUGACAAUAUUCGUAUAUUAACAUUUAUUCAAAAUGCGAUAAUAAAUAGUCAAAUUAUGUCUUUUUGCUAACAUAUUUUUCUACCGGUUGUUUCUGAAUAAUUGGAUGUAUAAAAAGAAUUUCGGAUGAAAUUUAAUAAUGAUGAAACCUUCACUUAUACAAUGUGUAAGCUCUUGGUGUGUAACACUGAUUUUAGUGUUGUAAUUUUUAGGAGUUGUGUUCUAGACAACACAAACAUGAUCUGAAAAUAGUUUUAUUCAAAUGAUGUCUUUAAAUGAAACUGCUAUCUUAUUAAGCAGUGUUUGUACAAUAGCUUGUCUUGUUUGAUGGACUUUUCUAUUUAUAUAAUCUGAUUUACAUACACAGUUUAUUCAGUAUUUUUUUUUUUUUUUUUUAAAACCAGGGUAGAUAAAAAAAAAAUCUGGAAAUUUUUGUUUAGAUCUGGGCUAAUUGUUUUAGUCUUAACACAUGAGACUAAAGGAUGUUGAAUUGUAAACUAUUUUCAUUUUGCACAUAUAAAAUGCAAAACUCUCUGGAUUAUUACUAUGUUAAUUGCUUACUAAUUAAUUAUUAAUGUUUUAGGGUUGUAAGGUUGGUUUGUUAAAUUUAUGUGAAUCUUUUUCAUUUAUUUUGUAGAUUUUACUUUCAAACAAUUCAUAGCAAAAAAAAAAAAAAUGAUAUUUAGGUAAUACAUUGAAGGUUGUUUUUUUUUUGAAUGUAUAACCAUCGUGUUCUUGUAACAAUGUAACUUGUUGAUUUGUUUUUGUGUGUAUGUAUAACCAUCAUGUUCUUGUAACAAUGUAUUUUGUUGAUUUGUUUUUGAGCAAUCAUGUGACACUGUCUUUCUUUAAGGCAAUUCUUUAUUAACAUAUGAUGUGUGCAAAGAUAUUCAAUUUUCGUGUGUGUGUGUGUGGAUUGCUCAGGAAUUUCCAGUUUCUGUGUUAAACUUAGUGAUUCAUUAUGAAUCUUGCUCAUUGCCAGUAGGCUAGACAUGAAGACAGUAAACUUUAAUCUGAUACUAACACAUGAACUUUUUGAUACAUUUUACAGUGACUGGAGUUUAAUCAUAAGUUCAGAUUUACUUGUUACAAAUCCUUAGAGUCUGUGGGCAAUGUUAAAAAUACAAACACGAUCUAUUUGUUCGGACUGCUACAACAUUGUAUACAACUAAUACAUGAUUUUAUUUUUACUUCCUGUGGCCAAUGUUUGUGUAUACAACUAAUAUAUGAUUAUUAUUUUUAUUUUGCUGUGGCCAAUGUUUGUUGAAUGAAAGCAUCUAUUUGAUCAUGUCUUAUCAAAUGACCGAUGUUAUGACCUGAGAUUAAUUGUUUUAUUAUCUUCAGAGAUUUGGUUUCUACUUUUUAAAAACUGUAUUCUGUUUUCCUAAUCCUAUAUUUACAUGUUGUUGAAUUGUUUAAAUUGGUUGAAGGAAUGCCAUGUGUUAUUCAUAGCUCUAUUCAGAAUGUAAAAGAGUCAUCACUAAUAAAGUAUCAUUUAAAUUA